GGUUUAUUACCACCACCAAACCGGAUCAGAGUAUUACCGGGUUUCCUCUCACCACUUGCAAUUAAUGGACAGUAUAUCAGCGUCUUAGGGAGAAUAUUCCUCCCAAUAAUGUACUUCCCCACUUCCACAGCAAGGCGACUUUCGACAGUUCCGGCUCUCCCUAAUAUUCCCCCGGAAAAUGUCCUCACAAUAUGCCCCAGUCCACGUAAAUCACUGUUCUGUACACUUACAAGAAACGGUAUCUCAAUCUGGCGCGUUCGACCUUCAGCAAAUCUUGCAUUUCUUUCGCGUACUCCGAUAUCUAUCAUCGACCAUGGAGAGAAUAGAGAGGCGCAUUGGUCCCCAGAUGGAUCUCGUAUUGUUAUCAAGACUUCAGACUCGUAUCUUGUACUUGUAACUGUCAAGUUUCAUCCAGAUGAAACCACCUAUCAGGCUCCUCCUCUCUCAGCAAACGCUCAAAGAAAUUUCUUGGCUGGUCCCGGAGAAGCGUUCCCCCUGAGUAGUGUGAGCUUACAGUUUGAAGGGGUCAUUCGAGUCGAAGGAACGCUAGUCAGCGUGUCUCCCCGGAAGCAGUCUAUCAUGUUUUCCACGCAGAAUCCACCAGCGAUACAGCGAAUACCUUGGCCAGCAACAUCAGAAGAAGCCAUGGGGGAACGAGGAUCUGACGAAGAAGAGUAUGGAACAAGUCGGAGGAAACUUGACAAUUAUGACCAAUGGAUAAUCAAUGAUGGCGAUUUCGGGUGGCUAGUUGAGCCUGAAGUGACAAUCUCACAAAUUCUACACGAUCGAAAUACCGGUGUAGAAAGCUGGAUUGCAUCUGACGGAAGGGCGUAUAUUGUAUACCUCAUUCGGAAUGACGAACCUUUGUCAGAAGAACUGCCUAGUGAUUCCAAGAACGCUUCAGACAUCAACCUGUCCGAAAACGACCAACUUCAAACACAAAAGCUUGACAAUCCCCGUUUUGCUGAUGGGCCACGGAAUGUAUGGAUGGGUACGUGUAUACACCACUUUGAGACCCCUCGUUGGGUGCAGAAACAAAGGCGUGUUGAACCGGAAGAACACGGCUCGGUCUACUUUGAACCGAGGCGUGCGGUUCGACUAGCCAUCAAUGCGAAGUUCUCGUUGAUUGCGGUUGGCAUGCUCGGAGGCGGUAUUCAGUAUACCACUUUCCCUGCUGACGAAGGUGCUGUACCGACUUCACAACAGAUCGAGAUACACAACCCGUUCAAUCGACGUACUGGAACUGUGUGCUCAAUGGAAUGGAGCUCGGAUGGAUAUGUCUUGGCUGUUGGCUGGCAGCAUGGCUGGGGAUUGUUCAGCGUUGGUGGCAGAUGUCUGGUGUCUGGUUUUGGUGUCGAGGAUGUGGACGAACAAAAAUUCCAAGAUACUUUCAUGAAUGGCGUAGUCGAUCUUUUUUGGGCACCCGGAAAUUUCGAGUUGAUUGUGCUCGCUCAACCUUCUUUGAAAUCUAUCGAUGAACAACUAUUCGUAAUCCCCUUCGCGAAAAGCGCUACAACUGGCCAACAUUCUCCUGACAACACGCGGUACGCCUUCUUACAACUCGAAGAUCGUGCUCUGGUAUAUCGUGGUGCAGACCAACCCGAUAUCAGCAUCAUUAAUCCGGAAUCAGACGUCUGGCAGCAUAUCAAGGUCCCUCAAGGUUACCUCGCGGCGAACUGGCCUAUACGAUAUUCCUCUUUGAGCUCAGAUGGGCGCUUGAUUGCCAUCGCCGGUCGGCGGGGCCUUGUCCAUUACAGUGCUAGCUCAGGUAGAUGGAAGUUAUUCACCGAUCCAGUGCAAGAACAGGCGUUUUCCGUUCAGGGAGGGUUACUUUGGUUUCAUCAUGUGUUGGUUGCAGCGGUGGAAGUAUCCAAAACGCAUCAGAUAAGACUUUAUUCCCGAGACCUAGAGCUAAGCAACCAAAAUGUUCUGCAUCGCGAGGUCAUGCCUUCUCCGGUUAUCAUACUGUCCUUAGUGGACAACUCUCUCCUCGUGUACUGUGCCGACAACACCCUCUUCCAUUUCUUGAUUAUCCCGACUGCCGAUACCAUUAAGCUUCACCUUUGUGGAAGUAUCACCUUCAAUGGAGUCAUAGCAACACCUAGCGCAGUAAGAAUGCUAAGUUGGAUGAUACCAAGUGCUCAAAAACAACUCGGAGAUCCUGUCAACGAUCUUGCUGUUGCGGCAGUGCUCAUGGUUGUUGGAGGCCAGCUUGUUCUACUGCGACCUAGAAAGUCUGCAAAACAAGAAGUCAAAUAUGACAUGCAAAUAUUCGCGGAGCGUAUUGAAUUCUGUUGGAUACAUCUUCGAGGUAUCGCCGCCCUGGAAAACUCGCUGUGGGCUUUCGACGGCAGAGGAAUUCGCGUUUGGCUCAACGCUUUGGCAAUCGAAGCUCCUGCAACACAAGAUCAGAAUGAAAAUGCAGAGAGUGUCAAGGAGAGUGUAAACAUCCCACUUGAAUUUUAUCCAUUAUCGGUCCUGAUGGAUAAAGGAAUUAUCAUUGGCGCUGAACACGAAGUCGCCGCUCGGUCAAACCUUCCCUUUGUCAUGUUUCGACAUGCGACGAGUUCACAUCUGUUUCUACACCACAUCCUUCGAUCACAUCUAGAAGCCUCUCAAGUCAAAGAAGCGGUUGUCUUUGCCUCUCAUUACCAAGAUCUCGUGUACUUUGCACAUGCGCUCGAGAUAUUGCUCCACGAUGUCGUUGAACAUGAGACAGACUCAGAGUUAGAUAGUGGGUCUGAUGGUCAAGAGGUCCUUUCGAAAGUCGUCGAAUUCCUGGACUAUUUCGACGCCGCGUUGGAUGUCGUAGUUGGAUGUGCGCGCAAGACUGAAAUGACUCGCUGGCGGCGGCUAUUCGAUGUCGUGGGGAAUCCUAAAACACUUUUCGAGACAUGCCUGCAAUCUCACAGAUUGAAAACCGCAGGUUCAUAUCUCCUGGUCUUGCAUAAUCUAGAACAGCUAGACGAGAAGAACGUGGAUGCGAUCCGGCUCCUGAAGAUUGCCAUGGAUGAGGAAGAUUGGCAACUAUGUCGUGAGCUACUACGUUUUUUGCGGUCCAUCGAUGAUUCUGGUGUGGCUCUUCGAGACGCACUAGCGCAAACCGGUCUGGUGGAAUUGAAAAUAGCAUAAUUUUGCUUACGGACUAGAAGCCAGGAACCUUAUCUAUAUGUUGUACCGUUUUAGAGAGUAUUUAUACGCCUGUCUGGCUGACAUACAAAAUAUGGGUAAUACAUCGAUAGCGGUCACUAGGUACAUGUGAAUUCCGGC